AUGCCCAAUCCCCGUGAUCCUAAGAGAAAGGCCCGUGAGGGGUCUGAAGAUGCUGCCCCUCGCAAGAAGCAGCAAAAGACCGAUGAGGUCCAAUACCAGGACUUCGGCGAUGGUGCCAAACCUAAGGUGACCCGCAAAUUCAAGGACAAGUUUGCGCCAAAGCCUGAGAAGGAGUACCCUUCGAUCAAUGACCUCAAGAAGCGAAUUCGGGAUGUGAAGCGCCUUCUCAACAAAGUGGAUUUGCCUGCGGAUGCUCGCAUUCUGCAAGAACGCGCGCUCUCCGGAUACGAACAAGAUCUCGCAGACGAAACGGCACGCAGAGAACGAUCGCAGAUAAUCAAGAAGUACCACUUUGUCCGCUUCCUUGACCGCAAAACUGCCACCAGGGAUCUCAACCGUCAGCUGCGCCGCCAAAGGGAACAAGAGUUGGAUACAGAGGAAAAGGCUCUCCUUGCCGAAAAAAUCUACACUGGCCAUGUCAAUCUCAACUAUACGAUCUACUACCCUCUCACCGAAAAAUACUUAUCGAUUUACCCAAAGUCGGACGGGAAAACCGAUGCGCCUGAGUCAAAGACCAAGUCCAAAAAGCCUGAUACCGAGAUCGAGUCAACCAAGCCCCCACUUUGGUCCGUCGUUGCCCAGUGCAUGACCGACAAGACACUGGACCUUCUGCGCGACGGCAAGUUGAACAUCAACUUCAACGGAGAGAAGAUUGUGAACACAUCAGCCGCAGCGCCCGCUUCAAAUGCCAGCCAAGAGAAAAGCAAGAAGAAGGAUUCUCAGAAAGAGCCCAAGGGCGUCUCACAGAAGGAGAAGCAUCUGCCCAAGGAGGAUAAGAAGAGCAAGAAGGAGAAGUCGGUCCGCAGUGAAGGAUCUUCUAAGCGUGAUGUACCCCAAGAAGUCAUCGCGGAGGAGCAAGACGACAGCGAUGGUGGUUUCUUCGAGUAA